AUGGAUAUGGAGGAAGUGGAGGAAACUGAGGAGAGCACCAACUCGUGUUCGACGUCCACAUCGGCGUCCUCGGCGUCGAUGCGUGGCAAGAGACACUGCAUGGAAAUGCGCUCGGAGAAGCCGAUGUACCUUCGUCAGAAAGAGAAGAUCAUAUAUCCCAGGAACACCAGGACUCUGACCAAAACUGCUGUAAUUGGUGGCAAACCUAUUGAAGAGGAGACUUGCAUGGCCCUGAGAACCUUGGUUUUUGGGAGUUGCGCCAGUCCACCUAGACCAGAAUGGGCAAGAACUGGAUUUACAUUAAGACCUUAUGGUCAGAGCUUGGCGUUUGGUCUACGGGCACCGAGAAACACGACUAGGGGCCUUGUUACUGCUAUUCAAGCUAUUAUGUUGAAGCAUUUUUUGUUCAAGUACAAUAGGCAGGACACCCAUACCAGCCCAGAAAGCUUGCUGAAGCCGUCGUAUGACAGGCAAAUCGAUGUUCUGACAUCAGCGAUAGCAGAGAUCAUUUGGCGGUGCGCCGGAGGGUUCACAGUGCAGAGUACUGGUUGCUCGCCAAAUCAGAAUGUCACCGGAAAUGCAAACGUGCCCAGGGCCGUGGUAGUUCUGCCGCAAGAGACACCCUAUGUGCAACAUAGUGUGCAAUACUUUCAGGAUGGUCUCACGGAAACUCUGCAUUUAUUUGAGUUUGAAGCUCUGCAGGAUUUGGAGAUAUUUGUCAAAAGAUACUUGUACCUGUUUCAAGAUGAGGGUGGUCCUGGUGCAAAAUUACUCUUGUACAGCGCCAUACUUUCCAGAGGACUUUCCAAGAUACGAGGUGAUCUCGAAGACGCUAAAGGGUCGAUAUUGGGCGGUUGUUCAGAGGAGGGUCCCCCACAUGUGGUACUUCUCUCGUUAACCGGUCGUGCUUCGCCUCACCUUCACAAUGGGGUGCUGCACGUGGGGGAUGAAAACACAUACGCUGUGCCACAAUGGGGAGUUCUCGUGAGGAGCGAAAUAGGAUUUCUGGUGCACGAGGGCGACGGACAAUUGAGCAAACAACCAGGCUCACGCCUGAAGACUCCCAGUCUGCCGAUUUGGGUCACUCUGUGUCAUGGCCACCAUGGUGUCCUGUUCAACACGAACCGCGAAUUGCUCAGAAAUUACCACGCUGAACGACGUUUCGAGAUCCAGUAUUUCACUUGCGGCGGAAGCCACGCCAUUUUGACCGUUGACACUAGAUCGAAUUCCGGAAAUGAUUCAGAACUGGAGGGCUCGAGCAAAGAGUGUCCAGACAUUGCUGCGACUCCCUUGGAAAAACUCAUUCGUUCCAAGUGGCAAGACGCUCAUAUACAAUGGAACGGAGCACCUUUAAUGUGA